AUGAUGUGGCACAAAGCAGUUUUUUAGAUUUUACUGGCAAAUCAGAAGUGGGGCCACAAGGCUGUUAUUUUGUGUUGCCUUCCCACAAGGCUCCUUCCCACAAAAUAUGGCUUAGAGAGACCUUUUGUUCCUCCAGCUGGGGUAGGCUAUGCCUUAGAUGAUUUCACCAGCACAAGAACUUGCUGCCCUCCACUUGAACUUCUCAGACAUCCAAAGAGUAAGUUUUCUUGGUCACAAGAUAUCAAUUUAAAUAUGGGGAUUCUGAGCCACCUAUUGAUCCUCCACCUCCUCUGGGCUGCUUUGGUCUUUUGUCAGUAUGAAGACUAUGAUUUUGAGGAUGAAUAUGGUGGGGAGCCAGAUCAUCAAGCUCCAUAUUAUUUUAACCCAGAUGCUCAAGUUGAAGCUCGUUUUCCUUUCCCAGUUGAGUGUGCCAAGGAAUGCUUCUGUCCACCAGCUUUUCCCUUAUCCAUGUACUGUGAUCACAGGAAACUCAAGACAAUCCCAAACAUCCCCAGUCACGUCCAACAACUUUACCUGCAAAACAACAACAUUGAAGCUGUGCCUGCAGGACCAUUCACUAACGUUACCUUCAUAAGGGAAAUCAACCUCAGCUACAACAAUAUUAAAUUCCAUAUGAUUGACCACGGGGUUUUUGCCAAACUUUCACACCUAGUGCAACUUCAUUUACAACAUAAUGAGUUGGAAGAAUUUCCAUUCCCUCUGCCCAGCUCUCUGGAGAGGCUCCUCCUUGGUUUCAAUAACAUUUCCCGGUUACCUGCAAAAGCAUUGGAAGGAUUGCCCAACAUGACCACGCUCGACCUUUGCAAUAACUUACUGGAUGACUCAGUACUCAAAGAAAAACCCUUCUCAAACAUGAAAAAUUUAAUGCAGCUCAACUUAUGCAACAACAAAUUACAGACAAUGCCUCCCGACCUGCCACCAUCACUUAGGCAUCUUUCUCUUGAAAAUAACUCCAUUUCUCAUAUUCCAGAAAAUUAUUUCCACAGACUUCCCCACAUCAUUGCUCUACGAAUGUCCCACAAUAACCUGCAGGACAUUCCACACAACACCUUUAAUCUACCCAACCUUCUAGAACUUAAUCUUGGACAUAACAAAUUGAAGCAAGUGUUCUAUAUUCCAAGAAGUUUGCAGCAUUUGUACAUUGAAGACAAUGAAAUUGAAAACAUCAACGUUACUGUGAUGUGCCCCACUCUGGACCCACUGAACAUCAAGCAGCUGACCUACAUACGGGUGGACCAGAACAAGCUCACGAGCCCCAUCAGCACCUACGCCUUCUUCUGCUUCCCUCUCAUCAGAACCAUUUAUUAUGGAGAGCAAAAUGUCACUGUCAGCAGGCCAAGCCAGCUCAGAACACCGGUGUUCCGGCGCUUUCUGACACCAGAGGAAUUCCAGCAAGCAGAAGACAAUCAGGAAACGCUCAAUCAAGAAACAGAAGAAAAUCAGGAAGCAGAGGACAGCUAUUUUCAUCCUUACUAUCACUGA